CGCAAACGCUAAACUUCCACUUGCUUCUAUCCUCACUUCUUUGCCUACUCCGCACCCGUUCGUCUUUCGGCGACCAGUCAAUCUUUGAAGAUGGCGUCUUCCACUAUUGUGAUGGGCGUUGCUGCCCUGGCCUUCUGCACCUGGGCCGUCUCGCUGGCCGGCCUCGCUUCCGUCCAGGAGCAGUGCACCCCUGACUGGAGCGACAUGAUUGGUGUGCGCGUGAACGGCUUCUCCACUGGCCUGGCCUGCUACACCUUCUUCCGCUACUAUUGGUUCAUCGUGAGCCUUGAGUUCGCCCUGAUUGUCGGCGUUGCCGGCGUCCUGGCCACCGGCGCCUACGCCAAGUUCCGCAACUCCUUCCUGGGCCUGAUCUGCGUGGCCACCCUGCUGUACAUCCAGAUGUCCGACGCCACCCUGACCCUGGACUCCCUGACCGCUGAGUCCGGUGGCCAGCUCAAGAACCGCGUGCGCACCUGGAUCGCCGGCUCCAUCAUGACCGCCGCCGUCAACUGCUUCCUGAUCAUCGCCCUGGGCAUGACCGAGGCCCAGGUGGAGGCUAUCUCCGGCGAGAAGGCCACCGCUGUUUAAUGCGCCUGGUGCGUAGUGUUACGCGAGUGUGAGCAGCUGACCUGAUGAGCGUGACCCACUUUGCCGCUGCCAUUGUGCGGUGGCCUGACCUGACUGAGUGACAUCUAAAUUUGGGCUGUUUCUUAUUGCGCAUCCGCGAAUGACCUCUCGGACCAACUGACGGAAAAUAACGAGCGUGGUGGACAUCCUCCUGCGACACGAGCGUUGCGUGGCCACUUAACGUAGCGUGCGUGUCGAAGACGUUUAUACCCGGGGCUGAUGGAGGUCAUGCGGUGGCCCCAGGGCGGGAAGUACAUACGUGCUAGAUUGCUAUGUGCUAGCAAUUCAUGCUGAAUAAAUGAGGGAUUGAGGCGGUGGGCUGGCUAGUGGCCACACUACAGGAGUGUGCGCGCACGAGACGCGGCAAGCGGCAAGGCUAUAUCUUGUAAGCAUUUUGUCGAGCGGUGGCCAGUACCGUACUCUCGUCCCACAUCAGGCUCAGCGCAGCAGCAAACGUGCUUCCAGGAUUUCAGCUGGGCAUUGCCACAGUACCACAGGUUGCGUGCCACGGAUUGGGACAUGCCUGGCUCCGUUCCAGGUGGGUGCAUUUUGUGGGUUUCGCGUUGUCGCGGCGAAUGGCAGCAGCCUAGUUGCGAGCUGGAACGCGUCCGCCCCUGCAAGCGGCAGCAGUCUCCACGACACUCGGACUCCGUUUGGCGUGCCGAAUGCGGAGCAGCGUGGAGCGCGCACCGGUGUCUCGUCUCGAAGGUAACAAGUAACCGCAUUGCCGCUGACACUAACUUCU